CCCCACUCUUUCAUGAGCGAGAUUUUAACUGAUAACUUUACAUUUUCACUGUCCUGUAUGGCAGCCUUCUCCAACUCCAGCUGACAUGGCCUAUCAGUCUGAGGUUAUUGUCGAUGCCCAGCCACAAGCCAUGGGCACCAGCUACACCUUCAGCAGCCAGGGAAGCUGGAAUUCCGACCUGUGCGACUGCUGCUCUGACAUGGGCAUUUGUCUCUGCGGAACGUUUGUGCCCUGUAUCCUCGCGUGCCGCGUGUCGGAGCAGGCCAACGAAUGCUGUUGCCUCCCGUUCCUGCCUGGUACCCUCAUCGCCCUACGCACCGGAGUCCGUGAGAAAUACCAUAUUGAGGGUUCCAUCCUGGAAGACUGGAUGGUCAUGAGUUGCUGUCCACUCUGUGGUCUUUGCCAACUUGCUCGAGAACUGAACCAGAGGAACUGAAAAGGAAAGGAAGGGAAGGCAGCCAAUCUUCCCUCAUGCAAAGGGGGAGCAGUGCUAGCUGGAUAAAUGGCUGGUUUCUGGACACGGAAGCACAGAACUGCAACCAGAAGACCUGUCAUCCUUGCAGGGGGAAGCAUCUAAUGAGAUGGAAACUCUCUUCUUAGUCACAUUCUACUUUGAUAUU